AUGAAUAAUAAGAAUAGUAUUUUCAAAGAAAUGAAUGAAAUGUGUGAUCAUUUAAAGGUGACCAUUUCAUGGCUCAAAGAAAUUAAGUGUUUCAUUCCAGAUAACGUCUUUCAUCAAUUACGAAUAAGAGCACACGAUCGUUCAUCAGCUUCAUUAACUCUCGAACCAAAUAUGAGAUCCAGUGCACAAAUGAAACCUCAACUACGGGCAUCACAUGAACGAAAACAUCAACACAAACAAUCACUGGAGAAUCAUCAAGAACCAAAUAUGAAUGACCAAAACAUGAAACUACAUCCAAUUCCAGCUUAA